GACCAGUUGGAGGCGCUAAUUCUGUAAGUGUGGUUCUCCAACCCCAGUAAAGAGAAGAAGAUAUAAGCUCUCAUUCUGAUCAACAGUGCAUGGCUCCGUCCAGAUCUUCAAAGGUUACCGGCUGUCCGAAAACUGAGGAGCUGCUAAAGACAAACCCAUCAGAGCUUCAUCAGAGCUGCAGGAGGAGCAGGAGCUGCUGCAGACUUUUUUCUUCCCCCGGAAAUGAAUGGUGAAUUUAAAUUUACCUCUGUGGACACAUGAAGGAAUUCUACCAUCAGAGAGGAAUAUCAGGAGAGAUUAAAUGGCGUCCAGAAGAAGCUCCAGCACUCAACAAGCAUCAUCCGGUACUCUCUGCGCUGACACAUCUCGGGGACAAGUGAAGACCAGUCCUGGAAAGAAGAGAACGCCGCCCUGCUCGGUGUGUGGGAAGAGAUUUUCCCAGCAGAAUUAUCUUCAAAGACACCAGCGGCUUCACACCGGAGAGAAGCCGUAUCAGUGCUCCGAGUGCGGGAAGAGUUUUAGGGAGCAGUGCCACCUCAGAACACACCAGCGCAUCCACACCGGAGAGAAACCGUAUCACUGCUCCGAGUGCGGCAAGAGCUUUAAUCAGUGGAACGGCCUCCAACGACACCAGCGCAUUCACACCGGAGAGAAACCGUUCCAGUGCUCCGAGUGUGGAAAGAGCUUCAAUGCACUGAAUCAUCUCAGACGACACCAGCUGAUCCACACCGGAGAGAAAAAGCACCACUGCUCAGAGUGCGGCAAGAGGUUUACGCUGCUGACUCAUCUCCAACGGCACCAGCGCACCCACACCGGAGAGAGACCGUAUCAGUGCUCCGAGUGUGGGCGGAGCUUUAAUCUUCAGAGUCACCUACGAACACACCAGCGCAUUCACACCGGAGAGAAACCGUAUUACUGCUCGGAGUGUGGGCGGAGCUUAAUCUAUAACUCGGCGUCGAAACUGUGCCGCGUCCGCCAUGUUGGAGAGAGAACUUACCCCUGCUCAGAGUGCGGGAGAAGCUUCAAUCAUCGAGGCCACCUGAAACAACACCAGCGCAUUCACACCGGAGAGAAACCGUUUCAGUGCUCGGAAUGUGGGAGGAGCUUCAAUCAUCCGAGCAGUCUCCAAACCCACCAGCGCGUUCACACCGGCGAGAAACCGUAUCAGUGCUCGGAGUGCGGCAACAGUUUUAACAGUCAGAACAAUCUCCAACGACACCAGCGCAUCCACACCGGAGAGAAGCCGCACGACUGCUCGGAGUGUGGGAAGAGCUUCACCCAGCGAGCUCACCUGAAACAGCACCAGCGCACUCACACCGGAGAGAAGCCGUAUCGGUGCUCGGAGUGCGGAAAGAGCUUCACCCAGAACAGUAAUCUGAGAACACACCAGCGCACCCACACCGGUGAAAAGCCGUACGACUGCUCGGAGUGCGGACACAGUUUUGGUGACAGAUGCGCUCUCCAAAGACACCAGCAGAUCCACACCGGAGAGAAACCGUAUUUCUGCUCAGACUGUGGGCGGAGCUUCAGACAUUCAAGCACUUUGAAGACACACAAGAGGAUUCACCACUGCUCAGAGUGCGGGAAGAGUUUUAGAGACACGUGUACCCUCAAAACGCACCAGCGCGUUCACACAGGAGAGAAACCGUAUCGCUGCUCAGAGUGCGGAAAGAGUUUUACUCAGCGAGGUCACCUGCAACAACACCAGCGCAUUCACACCGGAGAGAAACCAUAUCAGUGCUCGGCGUGCGGGAGGAGCUUCAAUCAUCCGAGUAGUCUGCAAAUGCACGAGCGCAUUCACACCGGGGAGAAACCAUACGACUGCUCAGAGUGCGGGAACAGUUUUAAUAAUCAGAAUAGUCUCCAACGACACCAGCGCAUUCACACCGGAGAGAAACCGUAUGAGUGCUCAGAGUGUGGGAAGAGGUUUAGAACCAAAGGUACUCUCCAAACACACCAGCGCAUUCACACCGGAGAGAAACCGUAUUUCUGCUCAGAGUGCGGCAAGAGUUUUAAUCAGAACAGUAAUCUGCGGACACACCAGCGCAUCCACACCGGAGAAAAGCCGUACGACUGCUCAGAGUGUGGACACAGUUUUGGUGACCGGUGCGCCCUCCAGAGACACCAGCAGAUCCACACUGGAGAGAAACAGUAUUACUGCGCAGAGUGUGGACGAAGCUUCAGGCAUAUGAGUUCUUUAAAGACACACAAGUGCAUUAAGAUCACUGAGGGUGAUUUUCAAAGCAAUGACUUUCAUAUUUAUUACUUUUAGGUUAACUGUAAUUUGUGGUUUUAAGUGUUUUCUGAUGAGCCCUGUUGCUAAUAUUCUAAGAAAAAGAGGUCUUGACUUGUGAGAUUUGGGGGUCUUUAAGGUUGUGAGUGUUAGGCACCAGAUUGUGUGACUAUGUACGAGUACGUAAUCUGAAAAUCAGAUUGUGUCAGUAACUGGUUCAGUGUGUUUUCAUGCUCUUGGGUAAUCAGAUAAUGGGGAAACUUGAGGUCUACAAGAGUCAGACAGCAAUCAGAUUUCUGCUUUACAGUCAGCUAAUAAACUCACAGAACAGAAACCUUUAGUAAUUUAUGCAUUAAAAACACAGUAAUGUUCACCCACUAUCAAAACCAGUAGAACUUAUAUUAAGUGUAUGUGAGUGUGGUCUCCAGCUCUGGUCCUGAAGAUCUGCCUUAAUGCAGAGUCUAGUUCCAACCACAAUCUGCUACACCUGCUCCAGCUAAUCAACCUCUUCCCAAGUCCCUGAUUGGCUGGAUCAGCUGUAUUAGAGCAGUGGCUUUCAUCCUCUAGUGGUGUAGAGGGAGCUGAGCUAUAAGGCUAGGCUCCCUGUUUACCGGUCGGUGUACAUCACCAGCCUCACCUGUGGUCAUGAGUUUGGGUAAUGACUGAAAGAAUGAGAACGAAGAUAAAUGAGAUAUAGAUUAUGCCCUUGUGUGUUCACGUUAAUGUGUGUGGAUCUUACAGUCGUGGAGAACGGAGUGAAAUAAUUCGCUCUUGAUCAGUUUAUUUUACUGGGUUAUUUCAGUCAUGGAGGGUUCAGAUCAAUAGAAAUUGCCGUAAAGUACUGCGGUCGCUUCCAAAGCUUUUAAAGACAAGCAGAAAAAACAGCAGUAGAUUGUAUAAACAAGAACGGAAAAGUUUCUAAACACCUUUUUAAAUCACAUAAGAUGACUUUAGAAGAGUCAGUAAAAUUGGAGAAUCAUAUAAAGUAUAAACAAUAAACUGACAUGCCUUCCUGGCGGUGGUAAAGACGGUCUUCACAACAAAUUAAAACCAAAUAUUACCCUAGCUAAGUACUUAAGUAAAUGUUUUUAGCUAAAGAUGAUACUCUGACUGGUUCGGCUCUGGAAAGAACCUACAUUCCUUACAGCUGACAAAACAGAAUGAAAAGACAGCAACUCGUCCAGAAUCAUUGGUCCUCUUUCUCCAGUAUCUUCCUAAGUUUGUUUUUAAGUGUGUUCUUGAGAAAGGUCCUAAGAAGAAGUCUGUCGUGUUCUUAAAGCGCAGAACCGUUCCCACCUUUGUGCUCUUGAGUGUGUGUAGAUUCAGUUCUUACCUAAGAACAAACCCCAAAUAGGAGAACAUUGGUGAGUCAGAGUCUUCGUAAAAACUAAGUGGGUUUUAAGAUGAAAUUUCUUCUUAAGAACGGUUGAUGGAUGAGGUCCAUUGUGCUUAAUCCACAAAACAUACAAUCACAGCCUGCCUCUGAUUCUGGAACCUCCACCUUUGGGGUCACCAGGGUGAUAUCAGAAUUCAGGUAUCAGAAUCAAUCCAGGCCCAGUUUCCCAAAACCAUCUUACUGUUAAGAUCAUCAAAGCUGGUAGAGAGAGUGUUUAGUGUGAUGCUCGCUCUACCAUUUCAGAAUCAUCUUUGGGCUAAGAUGCCUUUGGAGAACCCAACACUGAAUUAGAACAUUUGACACCUUUCAGUACCUUCUGCAGUUCUGUAUUAACCUAGAAUACCUGGGAGUGGACAUAAAGAGCUUGGCAUUCAGUACAAAUGACGAUAUUGUCAGGUUAGGAUGUGUUUACUUUCUGAAGUAUAAACUGGAGGA